UCUAGAAAAACAGGAGGAGAAAAGGCCUAUACAAUUUAUUUCUAGACCAUAUCAAAAGCUGUUUGCAUGAGUAAAACAAUCAACCCGGGGGAAGAUUUCUGAUAAAACCUGCUCGGUUGCCAAAGAACGGUCAAUCCCUUAAAGUUUAAACACAGAAACUUUGUCAAUUCCACGAUGAAGGCAUUUAUCGGUUUUGCUCUGACUAUGUUGGUAGCUUUGGCUGCCAGUACAUGUAAUCACGCUGCCGCGCAGGGAGUGAAGAUAAAUGGCAGCUCGCCAGAUUUUGAUAAAGCCAGCGUUGGAGUUGCGAACGCCGUAACUGGUCUUCUCACUACACUUACUGACACGCUGAAGUUCCAGCUUAAAGUGGCAAAAGAUCAAUUCGAAAAGGCGCCAAACUCACGCCCAAGUAACCCGAGCCCAGGUUACUCUAGCCCAACUUACAACACAGGAGGUUACUCGACCCCAAGUUACAACACAGGAGGUUACUCUAGAACAAGUUACAACACAGGAGGUUACUCCAGAUCAAGUUACAACACAGGAGGUUACAAUAGCCCAAGUUACAACACAGGAGGUUACUCUAGAUCAAGUUACAACACAGGAGGUUACAAUAGCCCAAGUUACAACACAGGAGGUUACUCUAGAUCAAGUUACAACACAGGAGGUUACAAUAGCCCAAGUUACAACACAGGAGGUUACUCUAGAUCAAGUUACAACACAGGAGGUUACUCUAGAUCAAGUUACAACACAGGAGGUUACAAUAGCCCAAGUUACAACACAGGAGGUUACUCUAGAUCAAGUUACAACACAGGAGGUUACAAUAGCCCAAGUUACAACACAGGAGGUUACUCUAGAUCAAGUUACAACACAGGAGGUUACUCUAGCUCAAGUUACACGACAGGUAACUCGAGGUACCACACGACAGGUAACUCGAGGUACCACAUGACAGGAAGUUACCGGAGCUCGGCAAUCUAUUAGGCUAGACGAUUUCGUGCGAUCGGAAACCCUGAACCGCAUCUCAACGAUCAGGGCCUACAGAAUAGCAGCUUUUAAUAACUUAAACCUUUCACACCAAGAAUGCCGCGGCAAUAAACCCUGGCGUUGCAGAUUCUAUUUCCAAGUGUCAAAUGGUAACUUCAAGAGGUCAACGAAUUUCAAUUAACAGGUUGUAAUAGACAAAUGGAGAAUCAAGCCCACGUUUUUUUACCGGAAAUCCUCAAAGCGUGUAUUAUUUUGGCCUCUGACUAAAGAAUACGAAAUUUACAUGUAAAAGCAAUCUUCAUCAGCAUGAUCGGAGAAAAUUCCAUGUCUUGGCGAUCUUCUAGUUGACUCUCAUAUUGUUUAGUGCAUCCCGGGGGUACUUAACAACUUGCACAAAUCUAUAUCAUGUCAAAUUACGUCCGUCUUCCCUUCUUCUCAUCCAUUGAAGUACACCUGUCGAAGUUGAACCUGCAACAUAUUGGCGUAAUGUUUCUCACUGUACUGCAUACACCGUACAUGUCAUGUUAAUGCAUAGUAAUAAAUCAUAUCCAGAA